AUGCCGAACCACUUCGAGCGGAUUUCAGACAGUUGGGAUCCGACCGGCUACAUCGGGCGCAAGGCCACCACUCCGGGCAUCGUCGGUGCUCCUGGCAGCAAGCAGUGUCAGAGCGCUGGAUCUUGCAGGAUCCUGCAGCGCCAAGGCGGAGGCCGGCCGGCGGAGGGCCCGCAGAAGAAGCUGCGGAAGCGAAGCCAGCAGCAGGUCCCCGCCACGGUGGCCGCCAGCCUGCAUGGCAUCGUGCGGCCGCCCCGCGGCCCCUCGAGGCCGGAGAUGCGGAAGGAGCUGUUCGAGGGCAUCGUGGACAAGCUCACCCACCCAGUGGGCGACGAGAGCCCGGAGGAGAAGGAGCGGAUCGCGAGGUGGACCAGGGCGAAGACGCUGCACGCCGAGGUGAAGGGGCUGAGGAGCCAGCUGGCCCAGCUGACCGGGACCGGGUCCCCGCGGCCGCAGCCGCUGGGCUCGGAGGCGCCCGCGGCAGCGGGCGGCGCCGAGGCGUGCACCGCCGCCAGCGCGGCGGAGGCGUUCUUCCCCGCGGGCUGGCGGGAGGCCCUCUCCAUAGAGCUCCUGGCGGACCUCGUCAUAGAUGCCUGGCUGCCCUCCUUCGCCGACAGCGUUGUGGAGGAGCUGGCGGCCACCGUGGAGGAGAGGACGACGCCGCCGCCGACGACGACUGUCGACCCAGGAAGCUGGGCGGAAGCCGCUCUGCGCCCGGCUUCCCCGCGCUGGAGAAGCGCAGGGCGGUGA